AUGGAUAUCUAUAAAGAUGAGAUUCUGACAUCACGAUCAACAAACUUAUUUGCAGAUUAUGAAAGCAAUGAAAGUCUUCAAAAAUUAACAGAUGAAUUCAUUAUUCAAGACUUGAUCGAUCAAUUUAACACAUCCGAAACUGAAAUUCUACCACAAUUACUAAACUUACGCGAUGCAAUUAACAGUAAUCGUAUCUUAAACUGUUCACUUUUCGAAGAAAAUCAAAAUUUAGAAUUGUUGAAGCAUAUUUUACUUACAUCAAUCAAUAUCAGUUAUAAAGAGAUCAUUUCUGAUAUAUUAUUUGUUUGUUUCAAGAAGAUUUCACCCGAAAAACUCAAUUUAUUCAACGAUAUAGAGUUUUUUAAGUAUUUAUAUGAUAAUUGUGAUCAAAGACAUGAUUAUGCAUUUAAACUAUUAGGUAUCAUUGUGACUUUGUCCCAAGAUGCCAGAGAUUUUUUGUUUUCGGAUUGCAGCAUUGAAACUCUCUUACAAAGCUAUUCUAUGAAGCAAGAUUCAUUAGAUAAUCUUUUAUGGCUGAUAUCAUGCGCGUCUUAUCUUGAUACAGAACGCUAUCCAAUUUUGCUCAAUUUUGCUUUAGAAUGCAUCAGUUCGAAUCAAGAAAUAUCAAUGAUGCAAAUGAGAUACCUAACAUACAUACUUUAUUGUGUUUGCAAUAAUGGCCAUGCAUCUGAUGUAUUUUCCCAUUCUUUGUUCACCUUCGACCUGAUUAGCAAAAUAUUUUCAAUUAACGAUAUUAAUUCGUCAAGGCAAAUGCUUCGAGCAAUGAAUUUAAUGAUAUACCAGACCCAAGGAACUUUCCAACUCCCAACAGAUUUCAUUUCAUCAUUAUUACAUCAUUCAAAUCCGAACAUUUUGAACGAAAUCUUCGAGUUUAUUAGGUAUUCUACCGUAUUGAAUGCUGAUUCUGCACAAGUAAUGGUAAAUGAAGGAAUAAUGGAUACUUUUUCUGAUAUUUUCCAAAAUGGAUCAACAUCACAGAAGAAUAUAGCACUUCCUGCUAUGGAAUCUAUUGUUGCCAAUAUUGGAAGACCGAAUUAUCUCCAAGUUCUACCUCACUUGAUGCAAUUCUUGGAUACUGAUGAUGAGGAGCAUUGUUCAAUUGCUCUGAGAUUGUUUUAUAGAUUUUUCAAUGCUUGUGACGAUGAUGAAAUUCUCAAAGAUUCAAAACAGCAUUUUCAAGAGGAAGGCGGUAUGGAUUUGCUUAAUGAACUUCUUGAAAAUGAUAAUCUGUAUGAUCUUGUCGACUCUAUUAUUGAUCUUUUUAAUGAUGAAAAUCAAGUUUAA